CUAGGUUUAAAUGUAGUGCCUGACCUUUAUUUCUCCUCUUACAAGCUAUCGCAGUUCCAAAAUCCACAAAGCCAUAAUGUGGCAUAUCGUCCUUUUUGAGAGGUGAAUAGCAUCGAAUAAAAAUGGCUGACAGAAGUGGGAAGAUUGUUCCGGGCCAAGCAUACAUUGAAGUGGAAUAUGAUUAUGAAUAUGAAGCAAAGGACAGAAAGAUCGUAAUAAAACAGGGAGAACGGUACAUCUUGGUGAAAAAGACAAAUGAUGACUGGUGGCAAGUCAAACCAGAAGAGAAUUCCAAAACCUUUUACGUGCCAGCCCAGUACGUUAAGGAGGUCACCCGCAAAGCUCUCAUGCCUCCUGUUAAACAGGCAGUUGGGCUGCCAAAUCAUUCCAUGAAAAUGAUACAGAGUCUGCAUCUUCAGAAAUCAACAGAAAACGUGAACAAAUUGCCUGAGCUUUCAAGUUUUGGCAAGUCAUCCUCUUCGGUUCAAGGAACAGGGAUUAUUCGUGAUGCCAACCAGAAUUUUGGACCCAACUGUAGCCCAGGUCAGACUCUUGGCCUGAGCCUGGACCUGACCCAUAACAAUGGAAAAUUUAACAGUGACUCACAUUCUCCUAAGGUUCCCAGCCAGAAUAGGACGCGCUUAUUUGGUCACUUUCCAUGUCCAGAGUUCUUGGACAUAGAAAAAACUAGCUUCUCCCAGGAACAGUCCUGUGAUUCAGCAGGAGAAAGCUCUGAAAGAAUACAUCAAGAUUCGGAAUCUGGUGAUGAACUCAGCAGCAGCUCUACUGAACAGAUACGGGCAACUACUCCUCCAAACCAAGGACGAGCAGAUUCUCCAGUGUAUGCUAAUCUACAAGAACUGAAAAUAUCCCAGUCUGCUCUUCCCCCACUGCCUGGCAGCCCAGCCAUUCAGAUUAUUGGAGAGUGGGAAACCCACAAAGAUAUUUCCGGGCGUUUCUAUUACUAUAACAGAGGAACGCAGGAGAGAACUUGGAAACCACCUCGUUGGACGCGGGAUGCAACCCUAACCAAAGGAGAUUUCCACAGCGCAGGAGAUCAAGAGCUUCUUUCAUCAGAAGAAAACUACCACAGAAUUUGUUACAGCCAGUCAGAUAGUCAGUGUGGUUCUCCUCCCAGGGGUUGGUCAGAAGAGUUGGAUGAACGUGGGCAUACCUUAUAUACCAGUGACUAUACUAAUGAAAAGUGGCUCAAGCAUGUUGAUGAUCAAGGUAGACAAUAUUACUACAGUGCAGAUGGAUCUCGAUCAGAAUGGGAAUUGCCAAAGUACAAUGCUUCAUCCCAGCAGCAAAGGGAAAUAAUUAAAAGUAGGAGCCUGGACAGGCGGCUACAAGAACCAAUAGUAUUAACAAAGUGGAGACACAGCACCAUUGUAUUAGACACCAACGACAAGGAAUCUCCAACUGCCUCAAAACCCAGCUUUCCUGAAAAUGAGUCUCCUCCUCCCUCUUCACCAAAGCACCAAGAUACAGGUCAAGAGAAAUAUGGAUUAUUAAAUGUAACUAAGAUUACUGAAAAUGGAAAAAAGGUUCGAAAGAACUGGCUGUCUUCUUGGGCAGUAUUGCAGGGUUCGUCUUUACUUUUUACCAAAACUCAAGGAAGUAGCACAAGUUGGUUUGGCAGUAAUCAGUCUAAACCAGAGUUCACAGUGGACCUCAAGGGGGCAGUGAUUGAGAUGGCUCCAAAGGACAAAUCCAGCAAAAAGAAUGUUUUUGAGCUGAAAACUCGUCAUGGAACAGAACUGCUCAUUCAGUCUGAUAAUGAAACUGUUAUUAAUGAUUGGUUUAAAGUGCUCAGUAAUACUAUCAGUAAUCAGGCAGCAGAAACCGAAGAAGGGCCUGAAGAGGAGGCCCCAGACUCCCCAGGAAUAGAGAAGCACGACAAAGAGAAGGACCACAAGGACCCAAAGAAACUUCGCUCCAUGAAAGUAUCUAGCAUAGAUUCUUCAGAACAGAAAAAGACCAAGAAAAACCUGAAAAAGUUUCUUACCCGGCGCCCCACUCUGCAAGCUGUUCGCGAAAAAGGUUAUAUUAAAGAUCAGGUAUUUGGAUCCAACCUUGCGAGCUUGUGUCAGAGAGAGAAUGGCACAGUACCAAAAUUUGUGAAAUUGUGCAUUGAACAUGUUGAAGAAUAUGGUUUGGAUAUUGAUGGGAUAUACCGGGUCAGUGGCAACCUGGCCGUGAUACAGAAGUUGAGAUUUGCAGUGAAUCAUGACGAGAAAUUGGACUUGAACGAUAGUAAAUGGGAAGAUAUUCACGUCAUCACUGGCGCACUCAAAAUGUUUUUCCGCGAGUUACCAGAGCCUCUUUUUACAUUUAAUCAUUUUAAUGAUUUUGUUAAUGCGAUUAAGCAAGAACCCAGACAGAGAGUUGCUGCUGUUAAAGACUUAAUCAGACAGUUGCCAAAGCCAAAUCAAGAUACAAUGCAGAUUCUUUUCAGACAUCUCAAAAGAGUUAUAGAAAAUGGAGAAAAAAAUCGAAUGACCUAUCAGAGUAUAGCAAUUGUUUUUGGUCCCACUCUGUUAAAGCCAGAGAAAGAGACUGGUAACAUAGCAGUUCACACUGUGUACCAAAAUCAGAUUGUAGAGUUAAUUCUUCUGGAGUUAAGCGCCAUCUUCGGACGCUGAUCCUGAGCCGAAAGCAGAACCUGUGGAAUAGGAGCUGCCAGAUGUCAAGUCUCUCCCAUGAUGCGCUUUAUUUUUGGACCAAGCAGUGACUCUUUGAUUUGCACUUUUUUGAGGGAUCAGAAUGGAGGGGGAGCGUCAGGAUGUGUGUAGGCCCUCACAUUUGCUGCUUUGUUGCAAGUUGAUAUAAUUGUGUGUAAUUUUGGAUUGCGUUUAUCCCAAAUGCUUGCAGUUCCUACUCUGAAUUUCAGUAAAAAUCAAAACUUGGAAUUCUAACCAGGCACAUAUAUAUGUAUAUACAUACACUGGAUAAUUUGGUAAGAAAACCACGAUUUUCUUUUUCCUCAAACUGGAUAAUAUAGAAUUUCCUUUUAGGACUUGUAGGUUCUUCAUGUGUAGGCUCACCACUCGAUAGAAAUAGUAUCAGUUACUUUGAAAACACUCUUGGGCAUUUUUAACAAAAUGAAGUAUAUCCGUUCUGAAACCUGUGUAUUUCCUCUUCAGGGUUUCUGCAUGCAGUGGCUAUCUCAGUGCUAAAAUUCACCAUAACCCAGACAGAAUCCCUUGAUGAAGGCUUGCUCUUUCUCACUGUGUUGCACAGCAUCCUGACUGGAUGGAUACCUUUGCUUGCUUGAGCAGCACACUAAUAAAUACUACAUCAAACACUGUGACAUAUUGGAGAGUUUAGUUAGCAUAAGUCAAUUCAGGGUAUUCUUAGGCUGUGUGUGCUACAUGGAAUUGUAGCUAACAAUUCUCGUUCUGUCUAGUGCCAUACUGAAUUCUUGGUAUGACCCUGUGGAAGUGGACGUUAUUUGUUGUAAAUAUGGGCUAAAGACUUAAUUCCCUUUAACUUGUGUUGUAUAGUCUCAUAGUACAUUCUAACCCUACAUUUCUAACCACGGUAUUGGUGUAGUGUAGGUGAUCUCGUCCGUGAAUAUUAGGUUCCCUCCAGAAAUAAGCUGUUAUUUGGGGAAGGUAACCAUGCGCACUUUUAGAUUUUAAUGACAUUCAUAGAAAAACCACUGUCUUGCAAAUGGUACUGGGAGAAUACUGAGUAGACGUUCUAACUGGUCAAUGCACUACAGGAGGAACUGUUCAGGUGAUUGAGUAUGUACAGAACACAUCAGAAAAAUCUAUUUCAGAAUUCUAAGUUUACACUCUUGAAUCGUUGGAAGCCCACAUAUAAAGGAGAUGGAUGUUGAAUGGAAAAUAACAUUGCUCAAUUUGAGGAUUUGUUUUUACAUUGCUUAUGUAGAUUGAUUUGUAUAAUAAAAACAGGGUUUGGAAGGUUUUGUUACAGGGAGCAUGGUCCGUUGAAGAUUUUUUAAAUGUAUUUUUCUAGAUUAACUGCUGUAUAUGAGAUGUCUAAUCUGAAUAAAGAAAACUAUAAGAGACUUAGAUUUUUCCCAUUGGGCAUGUGCUUUUCUUUUUCUAACUCAUUUGUUUUUGCAUUUACUAUCAUAUUCUUAUACCUCAUUUAAAAAAUCAGCUGAAUCUAAUAUUUCCUGUGGCAAAUGUAUUUUUCUUUAUUUCACACCUAUUAUACUCCCUGCUGUGUCCUCCCUCCCCCCAACAUUUUUAUUUCUUCAUCAAUAUUUGGAAGUAAUUUGUAAUGACUUUAUUAGAAUUUCAUUUAUAAUUUAUAAUUAAGGUUGCCUUCCUUAGGGAAAAAAGGUUUUCUUGUGUAGUCUGUUUAAAAACCUCUCACUUGAGUUCUGUGGUAAAAAAUACUGUUUUUUGUUGUGAUCUUGUUAAAUUGGUAACAAACCAAUUACUUGCUAAUCGUAGGAAAGGAGAUUGUUUUGGGCAGGGAGAAAAAAACCUCAACUCAGAAUGUUUGUUUUUGCCUAAAGAUUGUCCUCAGUACUGCAGUGUGUUUUAGGACUGGAAUAUAUUGUAAUUGCACCUGGAAAACAAUCAGACUCAAAUCAAUGACGUUCUUCCUCGUGACAGUCAUGGAAAUAUUAACGAUUAAAAUUGUCCUGUGUUUCUUGUUUCAAAGUGCAUAUGUGUGUAUGUGAAGUCAUAAAUGUUUUAUUAGUCUCCAGCUAAUCAGUUUAUUGUAAUACUGUAUGUGCAGUGUGAUAAGUCUUGUGUUUUCAUCAUUUGUGGAUUAAAAAUUGUCACUUGUUUUUAUAAUAACAAAACCAGUAAUAUCUUCUGUCUCAAGAACUUGAUUUUUAGUAGAAAAAUAUAUUAAAGGCUAAAAGACA